CUAGUUUACAAGCAGUUCGACGGUGGUGGAAGGACCGUCGUUGUGUAACAAAGACAGAAGAUGCUGCGUCCUUGUCUGCUGGCUGCCUUGGUUCUGGUGGCAUGGUCGUUGCCGGCUGACCUGCCUCACCCCAGUGACCUGGCUCUGCUGUUGGGUCCUGAGGAGUUUGAGGACUACCUGGACCAGUGGCUGGCCGUGGAACAAGAGAGGAGGGUGGCCAAUGGGACCGUGUUCCGUGAUGCCGAAGUGCGCAGUGGUUGCUCCCUCCACGUGAACCAGGACUUCGGUCAGCCCCAACCUGUCUACCUGCGCGGGGGCCGCUACAUCGCGCCCUCCGGCAACAACGGCCGCGUGCGCCUCAACUCGGGCGAGAGUGUGGUGGUGGCCUGCGUGGGGUCGGGGCGCACUAUCAGACACCCCAACUUGUCCAAGACUGUGGCUACUGCUACAGCCAAGUGUGAGGGUGGCACGUCCAUCUCAGGCUCGGGCUGGCUGAGCGGCCGCGGGCAGUUCGGCGGCCUCACCUGCUCCGGACACGCCUUCCACGACGCCCUCGCCACUAACGACCGCUGCUACGGGAACAACUUGGUCAUCAGGGUCGGUUAUAACGUGAACAACAAGUUCCACCCGCUGUACUACUCGUGUUUCGACCAGGCGAGACUCGAGGUGCUAUACGUUUGGUACGAGCAGGGCCCAGAGCACGCAGUCUCGCAGGUCGGUGUCGACAGACCCAGCUGGAUGGCCGGCAGCUUCUACCCUGGUGUCGACAUCAACAACUACUACAGGCAAGCGACCCAGAAGAAAGAGAUCGCCAACCUAAUCGGCCAGGACCUGACCAACAAAUACAUCACGAAUGUCCACUUCCUGAACCGAGGGCAUCUGACUGCGAAGACAGACUUCACCCUGGCCACUGGGCAGAGGACUACAUUCUAUUUCAUCAACGCUGCUCCUCAGUGGCAGGCUUUUAACAGUGGAAACUGGAACACCCUUGAACAGGAACUGAGGUUCCGUAUCGGCGCUGCUGGCUACAACACGAUGGUCUACACGGGAACCUACGGCAUCAGCUACCUGCGGGACAAGAACAAUCGCCCAGUGGACCUGUACCUCUACAGGGACAAGAACAACAACUACAAACUGCCUGUGCCCCUUUACUUCUACAAGGUUGUAGUGGACGAGAAACGCCAGAUCGGCACAGCGUUCGUGGGCAUCAACAACCCUUACAUCACCGACUCCGAGGCCCGAUCCCUGACCUUCUGCAAGGACCGGUGUCGCAACAACUCGGCCUUCAACUGGCUGAAGUGGAGGCCUGAUCGUGUGGAUCUGGGCUACAGCUUCUGCUGCACUCUUGCUGACUUCAGGAAGGUGGUCAAGCAUUUACCUUCGUUCAAGGUUAAUGGGCUGUUGGCUUGAAGUGGAGUUGAAGGUGAAGUGAAGUUUAGAGUGUAAGUUGAAGUGUUUGGGUAGAGAAGUGGGUGUGUAAAGAAUUAUAUUUCUACAAAUAA